AGCCAAUUUCAAACACAAACUUUGUCUCUCUAAAAUCCCCACACUCAUGUUUCUCUCUCUUAAUAAUCAGCAUCUCACUGUUUUUCACCAUUCAAAAAGGACUAAAAACAUCAUCACCUUAUUCAACCAUUUGGAUUCAUUACUGUUUUUUUUCUCUCUUAUAAACUCUUUGGUACUUACUCUAUUUUUGUAGUUCGAUUUCUUUUUUUAAUCGUCUCAGGCUUUGUUGUUCUCCGUGUGUGGGACUGACUGUGGGUGUGUUUCUCCUUUUAUAAUCUCAUCUUUUAAUGUUUUGGGUCUUUUUUUUGUCAGUGAAUCAUCGUGUUUUAAGCUUCUCUUUGACGGUUCCAUUGCUCGUUCUCAUCUUUUAAGAGUGCUACUUUUAGUGGUGUCACUCUCAAAAGCACCUUUCUUGGCUCUUUUUUCUCCAUUCUUUCUAAUCGGUUUGGCUUAGCAGUGAAAAAUAGCUAAUUCAGGUUUAUUCGAUGGAUCAUCAUUUGUUGUGUCCGAUCAAAUACACCGAGCACCGGAAUGUUAUCAGGAAAGUUACUAAACCAUCUUUGGUGAAAUCAAAAAAAUUCCCAGAAGCCACAAAAUCCUCUCAGUUCAAUCCCUCUGUUCCGAGGACUGUUCGGAUUUCUGUGACAGACCCAGACGCAACGGAUUCUUCUAGUGAUGAAGAAGACAUGCUUUUUGGACGGCGACGGGUGAAAAAAUACAUCAAUGAAAUCAGUAUUGAAACCGCCGUCAAGUGUGAAGUUAGCAUUCCUAACAGUGGCAAUGGCAAAACGGUGAAUAAAAGAGCACCGGAGCCUCUUCAGACUAAGCAGAAGCCAAUGAAAGUUCAACCUCCUCAAUCGGCUGGCGCUGUUAGGAAGUUCCGCGGUGUGCGUCAACGGCCGUGGGGCAAAUGGGCCGCUGAGAUCAGAGACCCGGCUCGCCGUGUUCGGCUUUGGUUGGGAACUUACGACACUGCUGAAGAAGCUGCUAUGGUUUAUGACAACGCUGCUAUUAAGCUUCGUGGGCCAGAUGCUUUAACAAACUUCAGCACUCCUCCCAAGCCGGAGCCAGAACCAGAGCCAGAGCCGGAAAUCAGUGUUCUAUCUCACUCCGGCUAUGAAUCCGGGAAUGAGUCCCGUAACAUCCCUUCUCCGACUUCUGUUUUGCGGUUUAGAAUGAGCCAGUCAGAAAGUGGGUCUGACCCGAUCCAUGUUUCGGAAGAGUGUCCAUCGAUUCAAGGAUCGAUGGAAUGUGAGCAAACGGUUCAACCGUUUGUUCAAUGUGCUGCUGAACCGCAGUUGGUUCAGCAGGAUGUUGAGGAGUGUCAGGGCGAGACCAGCAUGAUUCCUGAUUACUCAAACGAUUACUUGCCAACAGAUAUUCCAUUCUUAAAUGAUUUUUUCAAUUUCGAUGGUUCAGCAGCUGAACAGACGUUAUUUGAGGACUCAACUAUAACAUCAACAACAACAACGACACCAAAUUGUCCCAAUGAUUUUGGCUCAUUGUACAACGAUUCAUUGGAUUUCGGGAAUGAUUUCUUGUUUAACGAUGCUGACUUCGCUGAAUUCAGCAAUUUUGAUGAUUUAGGAAUGGAUGAUUUUUCCCAAGACAGUGUUGUUGAUUAUUCCAGUGUUGAUUCUCUGUUGGCGAUUUGAAUUUCAUUUCUAUGAAUGACCAGCAAACACACUGUCCCCGGCUUGCUACUCUUUAGUGGCAAAUUUUGUCUACCGGCGACAGCAAGAAAUCGGCUAGAGUUUUAUUUAUUUAUUUAUUAAUUAUUACUAUUAGUAGUAUAUUAGAUAAUUUAUUUGUUUUAGAAUCUCCGUGAAAGUGAAUGAAGUGAAGAGUGGAGUUUAUUAUAGAAAACUAUUUCAUUUUUUUAGAAUAAGUAGAUAUGGCCUUGGAAAGAGUUGUAUCAUAAAAAGAACUCUCCGGAGACUUUAAAUGAGAAUCUUUUAAUCUUUAGUGAAA